CCUCCGUGUCUCCGCCCUGCUCGGUGUUUCCUCAGGUGCGGCAGCAGCUGGACGCGCAGAGGAAUGUUUGCGCCUCAAACAUGGACUCCGCGUUUCUCCCCAGCGUGACGUUAGCAGAACCUGGUCGAUGUUCGAGGCUCCUGCUAUGAUGAUCGCUGUUUCCGGACAACUUUGAAGCCUUCCAGGUGUUGCAGGUGUAUUUUUUUUUUUUUUUUUUACCCAGGGGUCUUUUCUGACGCCUCACCAUGCCGGCGGAUCAGAUCAGCGUCACGGAGUUUGUUAAUGAGACCAAUGAGGACUACAAAGCUCCGACCACCUCCAGCUUCUCCACCCGGAUGUCCCACUGCAGGAACACAGUGGGAGCUCUGGAGGAGGCUCUGGACCUGGACCGAUCGGUUCUGUAUAAGAUCAAGAAGUCGGUGAAGGCCAUCAACACCUCUGGUCUUACUCACGUGGAGAACGAGGAGCAGUACGUCCAGUCCAUGGAGAAGUUUGCUUCCAACUACAUGAAUGAUGUGGAAGGAGAGCUCGGUGCCGCCUUCCUCAAGUUCGCCGUGUUCACCAAAGAGCUGGCGGCGCUCCUUAAGAACCUGUUGCAGAACAUGAACAACAUCAUCACGUUUCCUCUGGACAGUCUGCUGAAAGGAGACCUGAAAGGAGUGAAAGGGGACCUGAAGAAGUCAUUCGAUAAAUCCUGGAAGGAUUACGAGACCAAACUAGCAAAGAUUGAGAAAGAGAAACGAGAACACGCCAAGCAGCACGGCAUGAUUCGGACGGAGUUCAGCGGAGGAGAAAUCGCAGAGGAUAUGGAGAAAGAAAGACGAACUUUCCAGCUUCAGAUGUGUGAGUACCUGAUAAAGGUGAACGAUAUCAAGCAGAAGAAAGGCGUCGACUUCCUCCAGAACCUCAUCAAGUACUUCCAUGCUCAGUGCAAUUUUUUUCAGGACGGGCUUAAAACUGUAGAGAAUCUGAAACCAGCUGUGGAGAAAAUGGCUACAGACCUGGCGGGGAUCAAACAGACGCAGGACGGAGAGAGGAAGCAGUUGAUUCAGCUCAGAGAUACCCUGAAAGCAUCGCUGCAGACGGACCAGAAAGAGGACCUUCAGGCCAAGCAGAACGCAGGAUACAACCUCCAUCAGCUGCAAGGAAACAAAGCUCACGGCACCGAACGCUCCGGAGUACUUUACAAGAGAAGUGAGGGGUUGAGGAAGGUGUGGCAGAAGAGAAAGUGUUCGGUUAAGAAUGGCUUCCUAACCAUCUGCCACGGCACGUUUUUACAUGGAGAUUCAAGGGGCCAAUCAGGACAGAGCAAGCGGAAAAGGAGGAGAAAAACAAGGCGAAGAAAAAGCAUAACGAAAUGGAUAAAAGAGAACAGGCCCAACAAACCUCCAGCCAAACUCAACCUGCUCACCUGCCAGGUGAAGAGGAAUCCCGACGAGAAGAAGAGCUUCGACCUGUUUUCACAUGACAGAACCUACCACUUCCAGGCCGAGGAUGAGGCGGACUGUCAGGUCUGGGUGUCGGUGCUGCAGAACAGCAAGGAGGAGGCUCUGAACAUGGCCUUCAAAGGCGAUCAGAACGAAGGGGAGAACAACAUCGUGCAGGAGCUGACCAAAGCUAUCGUCGCAGAGGUGAAGAGGAUAAGCGGCAACAACGGCUGCUGCGACUGCGGCGCCCCCAGUCCCACUUGGCUCUCCACCAACCUCGGGAUCCUGAUCUGCAUCGAGUGUUCUGGGAUCCACCGGGAGAUGGGGGUUCAUUACUCCAGGAUCCAGAGCCUGGAGCUGGAUGUUCUGGGGACGUCUGAGCUGCUGUUGGCGAAGAACGUAGGAAACGCCAACUUUAACGACAUCAUGGAGGCAGAUCUGGAGGGACAGGGUGUAACCAAGCCGGAUCCAAAGAGUGACAUGCAAAUGAGGAAGGACUACAUCACGGCCAAGUACACGGAGAAACGCUUCGCCCUGCGGCUGUGCGCCGACGCUCAGUCCAGGCUGCGGACUCUUUACGAGGCCGUCAGGAACAGAGACAUCAUGUCACUGAUCCAGGUCUACGCUGAGGGGGUGGACCUGAUGGAGGCUUUCCCUCAACCCAACGAACACGAAGCCGGAGAGACGGUUCUCCAUCUUGCCGUCAGGAUGGUGGACAGAAACUCUCUCCACAUCGUCGACUUCCUCGCUCAGAACAGCGGGAAUCUGGACAGACAGACGGCCAAAGGCAGCACGGCGCUGCACUACUGCUGCCUGACGGACAACAGCGAGUGUCUGAAGCUGCUGCUGAGGGGCAAAGCCUCCGUCUCCAUCACAAACGAUGCUGGAGAAACUCCUCUGGACAUCGCUAAACGUCUGCGGCACUCCAAGUGUGAAGAGCUGCUGACUGAGGCCCAGACGGGGAAGUUCAACGUCCACGUUCACGUAGAGUAUGAGUGGCGGCUUCAAAAUGAGGAGCUAGAUGAGAGCGAGGACGAGCUGGAGGACAAGCCCAUCCUGAAAACGCCCACAUCCCGACGUGACGAGCGUCCGGUGAGCUGCAUCGUCCCGGGCAGCGGGCCCAUGGCGUCUAACUUUUCGGCGCUGGCCCGCGACGCUGCCUUCAUAGCGAGGGACAAGCAGAGGGCUCCGAUCCCGAGCAUGAUUAGCAACGAGACGUACGGCACCAUGCUGGACACGGUGCUGCCGCCGCCGGGACCAUCCCCACCGGUGCCUCCCAGAGGUCCAAACCGAGGUAAACCCGCUCCAGUAGAAUCAGUUGGGAGGCAGCGGUCGUCCUCCGACCCCUCGAACCCCAAGAACCCUGACAUGAACACCUCUGUGUACGUCCUCCCAGCAGUCCCUCCUCCACCUCCUCUUUCUUCACAUAGGAGAUCCGGCAGGUUCGACACGAAGAACGUGUCGGCCAAAAACACGCCCCUGCCUCCUCUGCCGCCCCCACCUGCUGUACGUCCGCCGGUCCCACCGGUACCGUCACUCAGCUCACCGCCCCACUACAAGCCUCAACCUCCAACCCCACCUCUGCCAAACCAGCAGAGCAGUAGACCCCCUCUAGGACCCCCAUCGCCCAAGUUAGUGAGGCAGCCUCCUCACCGGCCUUCAGUUAGAACUGCACCCGCAAACACGCCAGGUUUUAGGUCUCCUGAGGGUCCGGUUCCACCUAAACCCAAACCCAGAACCACCGUCUCUAAGCAGAAGCAGCAGAAGGUGAAGGCCAUCUAUGACUGCUCGGCUGACAAUCCAGACGAGCUGACCUUCAAGGAGGGGGAGGUGAUCGUGGUGGAGGGGGAGGAGGACAGCGAGUGGUUGAUCGGUUACAUUGAAGGAGAACCGGACAGAAGGGGAGCAUUUCCAGUCACCUUUGUUCACUUUAUCACCGAGUGACUGAUCAGCACUAUGGAGAGCUCCCAUCCUCCACCAGCAGUCUGACUGGAUAAGACCCUAACAGUAACUGGAUCACUGAUCAAACCCAGAGGCUUAUGGUCGGACCUGUGGCGAAAUAUCCACAACUUCUUAGCUGGUUUAACACAGUGGACUGAAAACUGCAACUGUUUAAACCUUUAAAUUAUGUUUGUGCCUGAGAAGAUUAUUUUGAAUCAAAUUGAGUCCUUUUGAAUAUAUUUUUAGGAAAUGUUUGAGUUGUGGAGCUUUAACAAAGAGGGAGACAGGAACACUGUCUAGACAUAUGUUGCCUGUAAAUAGAUUUAGAAGCUUUAUAUAUCUGCUGACGCGCAGUAUGCAGAGGAAAUAACGGGAAUCCAAAUUAAUAGCAAUGAGCCGUUGAUGCUUAUUGGAGC